UUGACAAUGGACCGAGUUUAUGAAAUGCCUGAGGAGCCAAAUGUGGAUCCAAUUUCAUCUCUGGAGGAAGAUGUCAUCCGUGGGGCCAACCCCCGAUUUACCUUUCCAUUUGGCAUCCUUUUCUCCACCUUUCUGUACUGUGGGGAGGCUGCAUCUGCCUUGUACAUGGUUAGAAUUUAUCGAAAGAAUAGUGAAACCUACUGGAUGGCAUACACCCUUUCCUUCUUUAUGUUUUCAUCCAUUAUGGUCCAGUUGACACUCAUUUUUGUCCACAGAGAUCUGGCCAAAGACAAGCCGCUAUCAUUGUUUAUGCAUCUAAUACUUUUGGGACCUGUUAUCAGAUGUUUGGAGGCCAUGAUUAAGUACCUCACACUGUGGAAGAAAGAGGGGCAGGAGGAGCCCUAUGUCAGCCUCACCCGAAAGAAGAUGCUAAUAAAUGACGAGGAGGUGCUGAUAGAAUGGGAGGUGGGCCACUCCAUCCGGACCCUGGCUAUGCACCGCAAUGCCUACAAGCGUAUGUCACAGAUCCAAGCCUUCCUGGGUUCAGUGCCCCAGCUGACCUAUCAGCUCUAUGUGACCCUGAUCUCUGCAGAGGUCCCCCUGGGUAGAGUUGUGCUAAUGGUCUUUUCCCUGAUAUCUGUCACCUAUGGGGCUACCCUCUGCAAUAUGUUGGCUAUCCAGAUCAAGUACGAUGAAUACAAGAUUCGCCUCGGGCCACUAGAAGUUCUCUGCAUCACCAUCUGGAGAACAUUGGAAAUUACUUCCCGCCUCCUGAUUUUGGUGCUCUUCUCAGCCACUUUGAAAUUGAAGGCUGUACCAUUCUUAUUGCUCAACUUCCUGAUUAUCCUCUUUGAGCCUUGGGUUAAAUUCUGGAGGAGUGGUGCCCAGAUGCCCAAUAACAUUGAAAAAAAUUUUAGCCAGGUUGGCACCCUUGUGGUGCUGAUUUCCAUUACCGUACUCUAUGCUGGCAUCAACUUCUCUUGCUGGUCAGCGUUGCAGUUGAAGUUGGCAGACAGGGACCUUGUUGAAAAAGGUCAGAACUGGGGACAUAUGGGCCUACACUAUAGUGUGAGAUUGGUAGAGAAUGUGAUCAUGGUCCUGGUUUUUAAGUUCUUUGGAGUGAAAGUGCUAUUGAAUUACUGCCAUUCCUUGAUUGCCUUGCAGCUCAUUAUUGCUUACCUGAUUUCCAUUGGUUUCAUGCUCCUUUUCUUUCAGUACUUGCAUCCAUUGCGCUCACUCUUCACCCACAACAUAGUGGACUACCUCCACUGUGUCUGUUGCCACCGGCACCCUCGGGGCAGGGUUGAGAACUUGGAGCCAUCAUUUGAUGCUGAAGCAAGGCAAAGUGUUGUCUAAUUCUAACUCCUGGGUAUUUGGGGACGGGUUUAAGGUGGCCAAGAACAACUGUGAAAUUUAAGGAGAGGAUGAGGCUCAUAGCUGAAUACCCACCAGAAUGUUUUCUUGAGUGUUAUGGUAAAAUAGUUUUUAUUUCUUUAAGAUCGACUGUUAUGUUUGGACACCAAGAUAGCCACCAUACAUUCAUAAGGGUCAGAGAUAGCAUUUACACUCCUCCCACUCAGGUCAGCUGUCUCGUCUCCCUAUGGGAUAACUUACCUCCAUGCACCUUAGGCUCUCUGUGACCUUCUAGAUCUGCUCAUUUGCUUGAGGUGCGUUACUAAGCUUUCCCGAGGCUAAGCUGAAAGCCCAGAAUCCUACUAGAAUAUACCCUGACUGAUCAGAGGAUGUGACUGCUUACUAUGUUUACCCUUCAGGAAACAUUCUGACUAAUGUGGAACAUGUAAGUGUGGCUGGGGUCUUCAAUCCCAACGAGAAACUCUGGUUAAGAAGAAAAAAAUUCUACUAUUCAAAGAGCUGCCCGCCUAAUGAGUUAGCUUUCCAUUAGAAUUUUACUAAUGAUCAUUCAUCAAGGACCUCUCUUUUCAGCGGCCUAUUGUAGGCACACUCUGAGGAGGGAGUGGAGAGUAGGAAUCCUUCAGGGAAUAUGCCAGAAUGACUCUUUUUCUCAGGGACCUGCAUGGGCCUGCAGCUUGUAUGUAAAGUGGAGUGGUUGAGUAAAAUCUCUCACUUUGUAGCUCAUUAUCAGGGAUUCCCUCCAACCCGUCUUUUCUGUGCUUCUGGCAUUUUACUACUUGAUAUGAACUUCAGAGAAGGUGAACUGUAAUUAAAAAC